AUGGGUAUCCGCGAUGGAGCAAUCAACAUAUCGGCGCGGGAUGGAGUCUACAUAUCGACUGACAGCGAUUCGGGUAACGUCUCACAGAUUUGUCGCAGUUCGCAUCAGAAUACAUAUGCCAUGCCCGGUGGGGAUAUAUCGGAUGAUUUGCGUCGCAAAUUCGAUCAAUGGUGGUCAAAUCAACUCUCUCCCCAGGCCACAGCCAUGACCCCCAAAAUGUUGCCCUUCAUGACAGCGCCGUCUGCUGUGCCGGUGGGGGCAGGACCCAAUGAAUUGGUCGAUUUUCCUGUGGGAGUGGGCACUGCAGCAAUGGCUGCGGCUGCCGCAGCAGCAGCUCAUGCCGGUUCCAUGGGCAGCCGAUAGAGUUUGUUGCUGGCCAAUGAGGCAGUGGCCGCUGCCUAUCAUCCCAGUGUUGGACAGGGUGGGGCUGGGGGUGUGGCUGCUGGUCCCGGUCAUCAUUCUGGCAUGCUUGUACAUCCAUCUAUGCAUCCGGCCAUGCAUCCUUCGAUACAUCAUCAUCAUCAUCAUGGAGGAUCACAUGCUCUUCCUGAGUAUGCCAAUUAGAAGACUCGCAUGCGAACCAGUUUCGAUCCGGAAAUGGAGUUGCCCAAAUUUCAGAAAUGGUUCCAAGAGAAUCCCCAUCUUUCACGCCAGCAUAUUCAGAAUUAUGUGGUGCAAUUGAAUGCCUUGGAGUCGCGUCGAGGUCGCAAGCCUUUGGAUGUCAAUAAUGUGGUCUACUGGUUUAAGAAUGCUCGCGCAGCCCAGAAACGGGCCGAGAUGAGGGGCAAUGUGACCACCACAAUGAGUGCCCUGGGACACGCGGCCAUGAACGGUUAUCUGAGUCAGCAUCAUGGAGCCCAAUUAGGGCAGAACUCCAGCUCGAGUGCUGGUAGCCAGCCAAUGAGCAUGGGCAAUCUGUCGGGCAAGUCGCAUGAUUAUCUCAAGAGUCCCAUGAGCUUGAAAUCAGAAGAUAUUGAUACCAUGUCCCAGCAUUCCAAUGAUAUGGAUGAGGAGGCGCCUGUGAGUCGGUCAAAUACUCCACAAUUGCCGCUCUCCCUGACCACCCACGAGACGAAUCGGAAUUCCCCGCUCAUGGAUGGCGAUGAGGAGCACGAUGACGAUGAGGCCACAGCACCCACAAGAGCUAAGAGUGAAAUUAGCGAUGUGAUCAAUGGCAAUGUGCAUAGGGACGAACGCCAACAGCAACAGCAGCAGGAGAAAUCCAAUGAAGAGCACAAGGAUGACAUUUCCAAGGAGCAUACGGAAGGUGGACAUAACGAGCAGGAUCAUGAGCAAUUACCCGAUGAUUCGGCUCUCAAUCACAACAACAAUGAGAAUGAGUUGACCACCCCGAAAUGCCGCAGCACACCCAAAGAGGAGGAAGAUGAUCUGGAUAUGGAUGACGAUGACUUGGAGGACAAUGACAAUGAGAACGAUGCCAGUCAUUUGGAUGAAUUUCGUUCCCCCUCGCCGGCCAUGGAUGGCAAUUUGGUGGCCGCCUCGCACAAGGAUCAACAAUUGUCCUUUCCCAUGGUACCCAAUUCGAUGUUCUCGCAAUCCUUCAUGUACAUGAGCCAUUACAUGCCAGCAUUUGGCCAGGCGGCAGCUGCGGCGGCGGCAGCUGCAGCAGCUGCGGCUGGUAUGCAACCGAAUGCUCUUACCGGGGCCGGGCUCAAUCUCUCGAGCAUCUGGAAUCGCACUUUCAUCAAUCCGGUCACCGAAGUGCCCAAAUUGGAGCAAUGGUUUGCCAUGAACACGCAUCCGUCGCACAAUUUGAUACUCAAAUACACUGAGGACUUGAACACCAUGCCCUACAGGUGA